AUCUUGUUAUGUUAAAUGAUAAGAAGUUAUUAUCACUACACAACUUUUAAACGUUUUUUACGAUCAAUGAAGUAGUAUUUAACUACGUGAUAUUAUACGAGUUUAUCAUUUGAACAGUAAUACAGCACGUGUAGUAAAAAUGAAGGAUAAAAAUAUCGUUUUCAAUGGAAUAAUCGCCAGCUCGAGUUCUUUGAACGAUCUUAUUAUAAACUCCGGUUACAUUGCUGUAGAAGAUGGAAAGAUUACAAAAAAAGGAUCUAUUGAAGAGUUUGAUGCCCUUGAAAAGUCUGGAGAAUUUGCAACUUUUAAAGUGGUAAAACUGAGCUCCGAUCAAUUUAUUAUACCUGGAUUCGUGGAUUGUCACACACAUGCACCUCAGUUCCCAAACAUUGGCUUAGGAUUGGAUCGUCCACUGCUAGAAUGGCUUGCAAAAUACACAUUCCAUUUAGAAAAAAAAUACAGUGACACAGAGUUCGCCGCUAAGGUCUAUGAUCAAGUUGUUCAAAGACUACUCAAAAAUGGAACAACAGCAGCUUGUUACUUUGGGUCCUUACAUGUAGAAGGGACUCUUGAACUGGUUAAAAGUGCCAUCAAACAUCACCAAAGGGCACUAAUAGGCAAAGUGAGCAUGAACAAAGAAAACUUUGCAGGAUAUUAUAAUGAAACUAAAAAGGAAUUGGAGGAAGUUGAGACAUUUAUCAAACAUGUUAAAUCUUAUCAGAAUGAGUUGGUAGAACCAGUAGUGACACCAAGAUUUGCAGUAAGCUGUGAUAAAGAACUUAUGGAUGGUCUGGCAAACAUUGCCAAGAAAUAUGACUGCAGAAUACAGAGUCACAUAUCAGAGAACACUUCAGAAAUAGACUACGUAUUAGAAACAAACCCCAAAUGCAAAAGUUAUGGACAUGUUUAUGACGAAAGUGGAGUUUUGACCAAUAAGUGUAUCAUGGCCCAUGCAGUGCAUUUGACGGAAGAUGAACUAACUCUGUUGUCCAGUAAGGGAGUCUCCGUAGCUCACUGUCCAGCUUCUAACACACGGCUGAAGUCAGGCCUUUGUCCUGUCAGGAAAAUUAUCAAUGCUAACAUCACUGUUGGUUUGGGAACAGAUGUAUCCGGAGGGGAUAACGCAUCGAUACUGGACGCUAUCCGCAGGACCAUGGACAUCUCCACAUGUUUGGAGAUGAGAGGCAACGAGAAAUACGCACUCGACUGGAAGGAAGCUUUUUAUCUCGCUACACUGGGAGGGGCUAAAGCUCUGAAUUUGGACCAUAAGAUAGGCAACUUUGACGUCGGGAAAGAUUUCGAUGCUUUGCUGAUAGACGUUUACACAAAGGAUGGACAAAUCGACAAGUACGAAGGGACAUUACCGAAUAAUCCUUUGGAAUAUGCUUUGGAGUUACUACAGAAAUUCAUAUUCGUAGGGGACGAUAGAAACAUCGUACAAGUUUAUGUGAAAGGAGAAAAAGUCAAAGAUGCCUUGUAUAUAUAAUUAUAUUAUUAUAUUAUAUAAAUAAUCAGAUUCUUAACAUUCCAAUGUAAUAAACUCAAAUAUAUUUUUAUACAAUUUUACAAUAAAUCAAAUUCUAUUUACCUAUAUUUUUGUUUCAUUAAUCCAUGUUGAGAAUUAAAAGACAGUUUUAAAUUGUUAUAAUUUUAUUCAUGUGUAAUUCUUUAUAAUUUGUGUAGAAAAAAUGUGCAAAUAUAAUGUGAAAAUACAAACUGAAUUUACAUAAGCAAAUACCGUUAUACAAUAAUACUAAAGGAAUUAAAUUAUUCCCAUUUUACACUCGGACAUUAUAAUGCUAGAGCAGCCUAUAGGCAUAGGCGAGCAUUGCACGCUUCACAGGAAUCUUGUAUUCUCCUAAUAAAAUAAUAUUAAUCACUUAUAAAUGUAUAAAUCGCUAGUAACACUUUAAUAAUUUUGUUAAAGCUCCGAGAUCUGUUAUAAUAUUAAUGACAGAAAAAUAAUACUCAAAUGCAGCUGGUGUCGUUUAUAAUAAGUCGGUGGAAUGAUAAGAUAAUGUAUUCGAGGGUUAGUAAUAAAUUAUAACAUAUAAACAGUCUUAUAAAGUCAAAAAUAAUAUACUAUCUAAACUUUAGAGCAACUUAUAUUAAUGUAUAAUACAAAAAUGUUACUAGUUAAAUGUUAAAUGUUAUAACUUUAAAAAAAUGUUAAACAAAAUAUAGGACGCACUUGAAUGAAGACGCAAAAAUAUAAGCUAACAUUCAUAACUUACAAAAAAAUAUUUGUUGUUAUUGUUACCACGAUGAGGAGGUUCCGUUUGACGACACCGCCAUCUGUGUUGUGAUAGCAACAACAACAAGUCUCCAAUCUCAAAUUCUACACAUAACACUACGACAUUCGUUUAUUCUCCUAACGCUAAUCAAUGAACACAGGAACUUGGACGUGCAAAUCCAAAAAUGCAAGCCAGGUUAUGUUUAGCUUGUUACCAUUUUGGCAACUCGGGACCACUAGGCUGUAGUAGUCUCCAUUUGAAUACCAGUAACAUGUUCGUAUACAGCAUGGGAUGUCGGCAAACCAUGCCAAUUAUGGGGAAUACUAUCGUUGACAUAAAAUACCUCAUAAAGGUAUCAAAAUGUAAAAAUGAAUAAAGAAAACGAACAACACAAAGUACUCGUUAAUAUGGCCGUGAUGUAGCAGCGAUGUAACCACUAGCCGAGUGCUAAUACUUAAUAAUACGUAAUUACACAACGAAUAUAACAUUACUUUGAGCUGCCUUCGAUACACAAACAUCUACAGUAGCAAUCAGGCACAGAGCCCGGACACUUGUGUACUAUUUAUAUCAAUUACAUAACACAACGAAAACUGCUUUCGACCUGCAUUGAAACAAUUUAACCUAAAACAGUCUUAAAUACAAUCUUACAAAUAAAAGGUACAUUUUAUAAAAAUAAUGUGCGAAUUAUGUGCAUACAAUGACACAUUUUACUCCAAUAAUAACUAAAUUAUUCAACUACAAUAACUUUUAACAAAAACAUUUGAUCCAUUGCGAGUCUUAUUUAUAACAUAACAUUUGAAUAGUUACCUAUAAUUAAUGUGAAAAUAAUUAUAAUGUAAGGGAGAUAAAGAUAAUAAUUAUAAUAAUAUUUAAAUGUCAACAUAAGUAUAACUAAAUGAAUUUUCUCAUAAGACAUCUCUCUGAACAACCUAGCACCUAUGUUAAUUUAUUAAGAUCCAAUUUGUAGAUAUAUACAGAGUGUUACAAAACAACUGUUAUUAAAAAAGUUCGACAACUGUAUAAUAUGUCAUUUGUACUAUUCAAUAAUAGACAACAUUUGAAUUGCAAUGUGUGAAUAUGAUGAUAACUAUUAGUGUGAAGUUUUCAAUCGAAUUUGUUCGUUAGGAAAGAUAAAUUUCUAUACAUAGCUCAGUCUUUUCUAUCUGGCUUAAAUUUGGCGGACACCUGUAUUCAAUUUCCUUGGAGCCAAUCACAAUUUUGGCAUGUCUGGGAUGCAGUAUUGACUAUCUAUAUCGCACGAGCAUUAUACUGAGGAAAUUAUAUGUAACUGAGGUAGAAAGAAAUGCAAAUUGAAAGUGUUUUGUAGUUUGUUUACAUUAUUUUCUCGACAUUUAAUCUGAAAAUUAAGUUAUAAUUUUAGCUAAAUAAGAAUUAUACUAGCUACUAUUUAUAUUUAGGAAUGUUUAGUUAUAUUAAUUUGACAUUGCCAACUGGAGUUUUGCCUCCAAAUCUGUGAAAAAUUUCGUAUAAUAUUUUUACGAUAAAGUUUUCUGAAGGUACAUUUUAAAUGGCACAGGAAAGAUUGUUUGCUUCCGUAAUCACGUCUCGUACAAACAUUAGAUCAGUGUACAAUGUAUCAUGUGAUGUUUGACACGAACGCAGUUUAUAUAAUUUAGUAAUAUAGUGAACAAUGUCCACGUUAAAUUCCAUGAAUAUUCGUAUAAUAAACAUUAGCCACGAACAUCAAUAACAUUUUAUAAAAUAGAGAGCAUAAUAAUUUUGGGUUGACAUUUAAUUCAUUCGAAUAUAGAAUUCGAAAAAUGACUCGACAUUACAAAUUACAAUGAAUUUCGUUUAAACGACAUUAAUAAAAUGACGAAUGAUGGCCUAAAGCGUACAACAUCAGCUAUAAAAAUGUACAAACUUCGUAAUCGCACAAACUACGUUCUAUCACAUAUAAUUAUUUAGUAAAUCAGCACAACACCCACAUGACUCCACGAAUUUAUUUAUUAGAAAAAAGUAUCGCGCCGGCGGUCGGUCGCGCGCCGUACUACCCUAGCUAGAGGUGGCGAGCCUCGGAUAAUACUGACUGACAACUCUUCUAACUAUAAUGGGUACUUCUAUACUCUUAAUAUUUUUUUAAACAAUUCCUUACGGUUGAUGUGCGUCCGUAUUUCAUAAUUAGAAUUACCAUCCUGAGCUGGCAGUGACACGUUUUCAAGAAUACAGUACAUGUCUAUCAAACAUGUCUAGAAUCAGUAGGUAUCAAUUUGAAAUAAUGCCUUCGUACGCGGAGUAUUAAUCAAAUGGAGUACUCACUUUUUAUACAUAUUUCUUUUCACAUCGUUUCAAGAAACGUUAACACAGUAUCUAAUAUCAUCAUCAGGAGUUUUUACAAAAAUAUCUACCCGUUGACAUUAGAACUAACAUGUGUUACUCUCCAUUAACAAAUUUGAAAUAUCUCAUCCUUACUAUAUGUAAUCAAAUUUGAAUGUUUUAGAUAUUUUAAUAUACACAGGACCAAAUGCAUCGGUUGCUGAAUCAAAUGUCAACGAACUUGAUUGAUGCAGUGAUGGUUCUUUUAACAUAAACUGAAUUUUACAUUUACAACUUAUUCCGUUUUAAAACUUCGAAGAACGAAGAGACCAAUCAGUCGUCGAAUUUUAGUUGACAUGAGAUUUGACAAGAUCUAUGUUUCAUUGAAAAACUUUAACAUUUAUUAAACAAAUCAUUAUCCUCAUAGGUUUUGAACAUGUUGAAUAACCUAAAAUCAUCAAUUCGAUUGAGUGUUGCCUCUUUCAAUUUGUAAUUCAAGGAUAAUGACAGUUUUAAUUAUCGUUAAAGUUUUUCGAGGGAACAUCAUACGUUUAAUGUGUCGUAUUUGGUCCGGGGCUUGAGUCAGGCGGUCACUUGACGAGGCUGGAGAGUGAGCGGGAUUUCAGUGUCGGAGUGUGUGAGGGCGCGGCACGACACGCGCGAGCGCCGAGAGCGCCGCCGCGAGCUGCGCCGCUCGCCACCUGCACACGCAGCCCGCGCUCACUACUUGCGCACUCCAUGCGUACAUACUCCAUGCUCUAUGGCAACUAGCUAACUCACGUACAAAGUGUAACAGAGUGAUCGACCCACUACUCGUAGAUCUCAAUCUUGACAUUAAAGACUUUUAGUCGUUUUGGAAAUUGAACAAAUGUUAGAUUUUCAAAUCGUGUGUAUAUAAAAAGUGUUAAAGUUUCAGUAUCGGUACCAGCAAGAUCCGUGUUGUAAUCUCUUACACUUUGUAUAACCGACUUUUCGCGUCGUGAGCCAGAGAGCGUUCAUAGACAACGGAAGCACGCAUGUCUUUAAAACAUUAAAGUUUCUAAUUCUAAUACAAAUAGCAAAUGAAAAAAAAACUGUUAAAAUGUUUCCAAAUUUUGUCUUAUACAUGUAAUGAAAGAAAAUUGUGUCCAAAACCAAAAUAAGUAUCAAAAUUUGAAAACACAAUUUAAUAGAAAGCAAAGACUUAUUUCGACAAUUUUUUAUGAAAAAUAUUACUCAAAUACUAAAACAAAAAACCAUUAAACACCCCAUGUAUGUUAUAAUAACAAUAAUAAUUAUAAAUAGACGUUGCUUUCUUGUUGUAUAAGAAGCGUUGACAAGUGACUAUGGUAUUUGCACAUCACAACAUAAAGUAAAUGUAUCACAGUACUGCAUUCACUGCAUGGUAUAUAUAAUGUACGAUGGACGUGUGACAAACUUGGCAUUGUUCUCUGUGGCAAUCAAAUACGUACGUAUGGUUCGUGGGUGAUCGUCACAAACAUACAUAGGCUAUACACAUGCGCUUAAUGACAUUCUCGAUGAUGCACCAUCUGCUGGCAAAGCUGCCUGAACCAUCUAUAUUCGUCUUUUAUUAUUACAACUACCGUUUUAAACAUCAAGGUUCUCCAUAACAAACAGCACGACUAUUUAUAAUAUAUAAUACAUGUACAAGAUAAAUGUAAUACAAUACAAGACUAUGUACAAUUGAAGCUGUAUCUACUGUUGUCUGGACAUAACGUGUAUGUGACCAUAAAUAUCUGUAUGAUGUGUAGUAAGAAGAGACAAUAAGAAGGGUACAGAGCACAUAGAGCAGAUCAUGCGAUGCAGUGAUGACGUGCGACAAUGUACGACAUCAGUGCGGUGACACAUGCGAUGCGCCCAAAGCGUAAGCCCGCACAAAGCGAUCUAGCGCCCUGUCAGUACAAGCCGGAGGCUUUGCUUCCGUCGGUGCCACUCCCGCACCUGCGCCAACGUUGCUAGCUAUCCUACAUCAUCUCCGUCAUUUUUAGCAUCUCAAAUGACAUAGCCAACUUCAAUAAGUCUACGAUCAGACGUUUAACGAGCAUUUCUUUAACAUUUACCGACCACAUCCAUAAUAUAUGUACAGCCUGAUGCCGCGAAUCGAAAUGCGACAGACAACUAGCGACGCUACAGUGACAUCGAGCCCGAGCAAAGCCUCCGCGGCAGGUUAGUCCUCUCCGCACCGAAGCGAACGAACACAGUUUCACAGUACCGGUGCGCGAGGUUCAAAAUAAAAAUUCUAGGCAGGCGACAAGCACGUAGAGAGCCGUGCUCUCCGAGCGAGCCUCCCCGCAGGGCGCGUGGCGACACGCAGGCGCGGGGCCCGGCGCGAGGGCGGGGCCCGCGGGCUGGGGCCCCGGCGGGGCGGACUGCGUACCGGCGCGCGCGCGGGCCGCGUCCAGCGAGGCGGCGGGCUGCAGGAACCACUCCGAGCGGGUGCGCAUGCGCGCCCGCUGCCGCUCGUGCACCUACGCACCACCCUCCGUCACGACGCGCCGCGCGACCCCGCGCUCACACUGCUACCGCGACCUUACACGCUCUACGUACACAUUCACUGUCUAACACAUUCAUCCAUCACACUCUUACUCAUAAGACACUCAACAACAUUUUUGAUAUACACACCCAUUAUAAGUCUACGUUUUACUGCUCAAAAACUUGGAAGAUACUCAAUCUUAUUAUACCAAUUUAAGACAAUGAGUAAUUCAUCUAAGAUAUAAAAACAAAUCUUGUGUAAGCGGGGGUCACGACUAGAGGCGGGUGAUUGUAUUCGCGAACCGGAGUCGUUUAGCACAAGACAUUAAAGUCGGUCGAUAUAUGAUUAAUUACCAUCCUAAUUAAGAAGUUGUUAUAAAUCUGAGGUUAAUUACGAUAACAUGGAACGAAUGUUAAUACUUCAUUAGUAACUAUACUUCUACCGUUAGUUAAUAUAAUGAAUCGAACAUUAGCUCGCCCAGAGGAACCACAAAGAUACCACUACCAUUGAAAUUGUUAUAAAAUUGUUACAUUUCAAUGAAAGACAAUAUUAUUCUGUAGUGUUAUUGAAUACAUUGUUCCUGAACAUGGAUUUAAAAAAAUAAUAAUAAUAAAUAAAUAUAACAAAAUAAAACUGUAAGGUGUUCGUUCCCGAGUGUCCACACUGCACCGAGGAGUGCGCUACAAGCGUCGUGUUGUGUGUGCGUUGCCACACAGAGCUCUUUGUAAGCACACUGUGCCACACAGUACCCUGUCACACGGUGUAACCAGUACAUCAUAGAAUAUGUAUAUCAAGAGGAAAUGUCUAACAACUAACAGAUCAGCCACAAGUUGUCCUAAGUUAUCAGGAAAACAGACAUUAUUCAUGCAAGAGAAUAAAACGUGGACGACUGGCGAAUACGACUCACACUAAAAAAUAUGAAUUACCUUUUGCCAAUUAGGGAUCGAUGAACACCUACAUACAGCUACAUUGUUCAUUCGAUAUUUCAUAUUAUUCCUACGGAAUGCUUGUACUACAAUUUCGAAUACUUUAGUUGUUAGUUUACGGCGAGUUGUCCACGUUAGUUAGACAGAACAGGGGAAACAGACUUAGAAUCUACAGGUGGAUAUGGAGAAAAUUCUCUUCACCAUCACUUAGUCUUAUAAAACAUGUCCUUCAGUGAGCGCUAGAAUUGAAAUAAUAUUCUUUAUAUAUGUUUCUGUUUCAAUUUAAAUGAUACAAUGGCGUCCAUAUGUAAUAUGAUUUAUUUUGCGUUGGCAACUUUUUGUUAAAUUUUGACAUUUGGCAACACUAAGUCCAAAAGUAAUCAUUUGGUUUUCGAGAUUAAUUUUGUUGUUAUUACAUUAAAUUGUCAGAUCGGUUCGAAUACAUAUUUAUAUGGACAAGUA